CCCUGCAGGAGGGACAGGCGCAGCGCUCGUGGUCGGGUCACCUUGUCGGGCGGCGGCAGGUUCCCCCCGUGGAAGGGCGAUGGCCGGGCUGGUCAACCUGGAGGACGAGGAGGCGGUGAAGGGCUACCUGGAGAACCUGGGCAUCGAGUACAGCUACCAGUGCUACAAGGAGGGCGAUCCGCACGGGUGCCAUCGAUUGGCUGAUUAUUUGGAGGGGGUGAAGAAGGACUUUGAAGCAGCUGCCAAGGUGCUAAAAGAAAACUGUGAAAAGAAUGAGAACAGUGAGAGUUGCUAUAAACUUGGAGCUUAUUAUGCAACUGGGAAAGGUGGACUCAGCCAAGAUUUGAAAGCUUCCUACAACUGCUUUCUGAAGUCUUGCGAAAAAGGUGGGAAGAAAUCAAUAAAUGCUUGCCACAACGUUGGACUUUUAGCACACGAUGGGCAAGUAAAUGAUGACAAACCUGACCCAGUCCUUGCCAGGGACUACUACACUAAAGCAUGUGAUGGCAGUUUUGCCCCUAGUUGCUUCAAUCUUAGUGCGAUAUAUCUUCAAGGAGCACCUGGGAUACCAAAGGACAUGAACCUGGCUUUGAAGUACUCUUUGAAAGCAUGUGACAUGGGUCAUGUGUGGGCAUGUGCCAAUGCCAGUCGAAUGUACAAACUAGGAGAUGGAAUUGAUAAAAAUGAUGCCAAGGCAGAGGCUCUGAAAAACAGGGCAAGAGACCUACAUAAAGAACAGCAGGAAGCUUCUAGAGCCUUAACAUUUGGGGAGUAAAUCCAAUUAAAUCAUUCACUGACUUCUAGGACUGCGCUUUUAAAUGGUGCAUAAACUUUAGCUGCAAACAAAAAACCCAUACCUAUUGCACUCACAAAAGAGGCAUCUGUAUGUACGUGUUUGCAUGUGCAAAUUUUUGGAUGUGCAACUGAUGCAUGUACAACUUUGGUGUACCAUUAUCUGAAAACUUGGCCCUUUCAUAUAGAACAGUUUUUCAGGCAAACAAACGUUUAGGGCCAAAUUUUCAAAGGC